AUGAGUAAGAAGGAAAAUCAAGUAAGUUAGGAAAAUGGAUUUAGGAAUCUUAAAAUUUUGCUUAUUAUUCCUAGGUUCAUUUAUGAUGGUGAAUAUAAUUAAUAGGGCUAAAAAAUUGGUAGAUGGAAUAUUUAUUGGAAUUGGGGAGGAAGUAAAAAUAAACUGUAAAAUAUUUAGAGAUUUAUUAGGGGUGGAGGAUUAUAUGAAGAGUAAAAGGGAUGCUCAAUAAAAAUAGGGAAAUGGAUUGAGGAGUCGGACAAUUUUGGAUAUUUUUCUUAGAUCACUUAGAGUGGUGAAUAUAAUAAGAUUGGUUAAAAAAUUGGUACAUGGAAUUUGUUUUUUAUGGAUGAAGAAGAAAAUAAAUAAAUGCAUAUAAUCAAUUAUAAUAAGAAAGGUAAAAAAAUUGGUAGGUGGGACAUCCAGUACAAAGGAAACAAAAUGUAAAUUAGUUAAAUAACUAAAGUGGUGGUGGAUAAUAUGAUGAAUAAGAACAAUACGAAAGAAAGAUUGGAAAGUGGAUUGAAUUGAGUGAUGGAUUCUAUUUUGAUUCUUAAAUCAUUUAUAUUGGAGAAUAUAAUGAUGACGGUACCAAAAUUGGUAGAUGGGAUAUAAUGUAUUAGUGGGAAAAAGAUUAUUAAAAAAUGUAAAAAUUAGAAAUUUAUAUUUUAGUGGUAGAGGAUUAUAUUUUGAUUUUGAAGAUAUUUUUACAAAGACCGGAAUUUGGAUAGAGUUAGGGGACUUAUUUUGUUAUAGCUCAUAAAUCAUUUAUAAUGGUAAUUAAAAUAAGAAAGUUUAAAAAGUUGGUAUUUGGAAUAUAUUAUAUAGAGAAGAUGAUGAAUUUAAAAAAAUGUUAAUUUAAUGUAUAUUAAUUUUACUGGUGGGGGAUAAUAUGAUGAGAAUGAGGGAAGCAUAAAAAAGAUUGGAAAAUGGAUUGAAUAGUGGGAGAAAUAUGCAUAUUCAAGGGAAAUCACUUAUUAUGGUGAAUAUAAUAAAGAUGGGAAAAAAGUAGGUAUCUGGAAUAUUGGGUACAAUGGUUAAAUAAUGUAAUAAAUUGAUUUAGCUUAGUGGUGGAGGAUCAUAUGAUUAGUAGGAAGGAGGAUCAAUAAAGAAAGGGAUUUGGAUUGAGCAGUGGGAUGGAUUUGAAAAAGAUUCAUAAGUUACUUAUUAAGGAAAAUAUAAUUAGAAUGGUAAAAAAAUGGGUAAUUGGGAUAUAAUGUAUAGAGAAAGUGAUGAGUUUAAAUAAAUGUAAAUUUAAUCUUAAUUAAUUAAGAGGAGGAGGAUAAUAUACUGAAUAAGAUGGAUGUACAAAAAAAAUAGGAAAAUGGGUUGAGUUAGGCUAGAAUUUUGGAAAGGAAUAUUAAUUAUCACAAAGAAUUUUUGUUGGUGAUUAUAAUGAAAAAGGAAAAAAAGUCGAUAGAUCGGUGGAAAUGGAUUUUUGGAGUAAUGAGAUAGUGUAAGAAAUUAAUUAUGAUAAUUGA